AUGGUCAAGCUGACCCGUUUCUCUAAACAUGCCCCUGAGCAUGUGUUAUCUCGCACCAUACCUAUUCUCAUGAGGAAUGUUGCUCAUUAUAUUCCAAAUGAUCUUUCUUCUUCACUUGCUAAGGUUGUUGCUUACUGCUUGAAGUGUAUUACUUGUAGAGGUGAUGACACCUUGGCAAUGGCAAUGGGUAUAAAGGGUGCUGCAUUUGUUUUGAUGGUGAGGUUGUUGCCUCAUUUUAAAGGAAGGAUGAAGGACGUCUUGAUAAAAUGGUGGCUGGUUCUUGUUACGUUUUGUGCUGUAAGUAGGAGAGAUGUUGCUGACCAUGACAGGUUAGAAAUCGUUAUCAAUUUGUUGGAUUCUCAUAUCAAUUGUAUUGCUAGGCGGUAUUUGCUAGAGAUUUUGACUGUGUUAGCAUUGUGGGAGGAUAUUAGGAGGAAACUCACUACAUUAGGAGCUUUUCAUCUUCUUGUGGAGGCUGCUGGUACUGGUAGCGUGAUCUGUAGAGAAAGAGCAUAUCAAACAGUUGAGUUGCUUGGUAUCACACAAGGUGCAAGGCAUGAGCUUGUCGAAUUGGGCGUGAUAUCGGUGCUUGUGGAGUUGAUGCUUGAUGGAGAUCAAUGCACUAAACUUAUAGCUUGA